AUGGGUGCGGACCAGUUCGAAAGCACGAGCGACAAGGACACCUUCUUCAACUGGUACAUGGUCUUCCUCUACACCUCCUUCAUGCUUGGCGACACAGCCAUCGUCUACAUCCAGGACAGCAUUUCAUGGGCCGUGGGCUUUGGUGUUUGCCUCGCCACUUCGGCGUUGGGCCUGGUCAUGCUUCUUCUGGGCGUACGUUACUACCAGAUGCCGGCAACAAAGGGCAACCCAUACACAGAGCUGGCUCGCGUCAUUGUUGCUUCCGUGCGCAAGGUUGGCAUCAAAGUCGGCGGCGUACACGGCAGUGUGCAGUACAACGUCGGUGCCGGCGCCCUUGUGGACUCGGCCGCUGACGAGGCACCAAGCAAAAACUUAAGAUUUCUGAAUCGAGCCGCCAUGAUCACUGCAAGUGACGACAGCUCCAGGUCCGGAGAUGGAUCAGGUGGUGCGUGGCGGCUGUGCACAGUGCAGCAGGUGGAGGGCCUCAAGGCCCUCCUCAGCAUCAUCCCGGUGUGGUCAUCCGGUAUACUGUUGUUCAUGUCGAUCGGCGUGAUGAUCGGCAUGAUCGUCCUGCAGGCGCUCGCUAUGGACCGCUCCGUUGGACCACACUUCAGCAUCCCGGCGGGGUCGGUCGCCGUCAGCUGUCGCGUCUCGUUCAUCUUGGCCACCCUGGUCCUGGACCGUGUUGUAUUCCCUCUUUGGCGCAGGAUCACCGGUGGCACGCCACCGACACCGCUGCAGCGCGUGGGCAUCGGCCACGUUUUAAAUGUCACUGCCAUGGUCGCUGCCGCACUGGUGGAGCGCCGGAGGCUUGCGCAACCUGGCGUGCCCAUGUCCGUGAUGUGGCUCCUGUUCCCGCUGGGCAUCGUCGGGGUCGGGGAGGCCCUGCACUUCCCUGGGAGCAUGGCUUUCUACUACCAGGAAUUUCCCAACACGCUGCGGAGCCUGGCUACGGCCAUGGCUCCGAUGCUCGUAGCGUUGGGAUUCUUCUCGAGCACCAUGUUUAUGGACGUGGUGACGCGGAUCACGGCGUGGCUGCCGGAGAACAUAGACCACGGGAGGCUGGACAACGUAUACUGGACGCUUGCGGCUUCGGGGACACUCAACCUUGCAUAUUUCCUCGCCUGCGCCAGGCGAUACAAGUACCACAACCGAGCGGCAACAUAG